AACCCUCUAAUUUCCACUCUCUCCACUCCACUCUCCUUUACAUUUUAACCAGGCAGUUCGCAAAGAGCAAAAAGAGUACUGGAACUAGUAAUUUACUUCAAAUUCCAACCUUCCCGGCUUCACUACCAACCGUCGGAUCUGCCUCCAAAUCUACAGCUGAGAUUCUCUCACAAAGUUGCAGUCUUGAUCUUCUUCCCUUAGUGUCCAAUUUUUCUUUCUCCAUUCUAGUUGCUAACCAGUUCCCAAUAAAAUUUCCAAACUUUUUUGUAAUUUGAGCAGUUUUCUUGAGCUGGGACGAGAAAAAUCCAUCUGGGUCAUGUUUGGAUAGCAAGAAAAUAAAUAAAAUGCCAGUGUCAACCAGGUCACAGAAUACCCACAGCAGCAGCCAUGAACAAAAUGGCACAAAAUCAAGAAACCCGCACCACGGAUUGAAAGAAAAGAUGAAAGCUUUAACUCUGUUAUAUGAGCAACAAAAAAGAGGCUCUUUAGCUUACAGGAAUCACUCUCCGAAACCCGAAGAGAGGCGCUUUUCGACACACCCCAGUGCGGAUCUUGUUAGUUCUUGCAAGAAAAAGGAGCAACAUUUUCAAGAAAAUAAGGUUUUAGAGCAAGAAAAUGUAAUGAGAGAGAAUAAAAUGGUGAAGGCUAAUUCUGUUAUUACAAGAACUUUUGUAUUACCAGAACCGCCUGCUGAUGAUGCUAAAGAGAAUUUCUUGAUGGGUCCGGAUCGUGUUAUUGGGUUCUCUACGUGUCCAAGAAAGGCUAAGGUUACGAAUACGGUUGCUAGGAAGCUUUCAAUGGGAGGUAAAAAUGCGCAAGAAGUGGAGAAAUUGGAGGGUGUUUCGGAGGGAAAUGAGAGUUGUGGAAGCCGAAUUUCGGUGUUUGUGAGGCUUAGGCCGAUGUCUAAGAAGGAAAGAGAGACGGGUAUGCGGUGCUGUGUGAGGAUUGUGAAUAGAAAAGAUGUUUAUUUGACUGAGUUUGCUCAUGAGAAUGAUUAUCUUAGGUUGAAGAGGCUAAGGGGGAGGCAUUUUACAUUUGAUGCUUCGUUUCCUGAUUCUACUUCUCAACAGGAGGUUUACUCUACUACGACAGCAGAGCUAGUGGAAGCUGUGUUGCAAGGAAGGAAUGGGUCAGUAUUCUGCUAUGGUGCCACAGGUGCUGGGAAAACAUAUACAAUGCUUGGGACAGUAGAGAAUCCUGGAGUGAUGGUUUUGGCAAUUAAAGAUCUUUUUACCAAGAUUAGACAGAGAAGCUGUGAUGGAAACCAUGUAGUUCAUCUUUCAUAUCUUGAGGUUUAUAAUGAAACUGUCAGAGAUUUACUCUCUCCUGGAAGGCCUCUGGUUCUUAGAGAAGAUAAACAGGGAAUUGUAGCUGCAGGGCUUACUCAGUAUAGAGCUUAUUCUACAGAUGAAGUUAUGGCAUUGCUUCAAAGAGGCAAUCAAAGCCGAACAACUGAACCUACUCGUGCCAACGAAACAUCUUCUCGGUCACACGCUACUCUGCAGGUUGUUGUUGAGUACCGCGUAAAGGAUGCUUUCAUGAACAUUGUGAAUAGAGUAGGGAAGCUAUCAUUGAUUGAUCUUGCUGGAUCAGAGAGAGCUCUAGCAACUGAUCAGAGAACACUUAGAUCACUUGAGGGUGCCAACAUUAAUCGCUCACUCCUUGCAUUGAGCAGCUGCAUCAAUGCUCUUGUUGAGGGUAAAAAGCACAUACCAUAUAGAAAUUCAAAGCUCACUCAACUCCUCAAGGAUUCAUUAGGAGGAGCUUGUAACACUAUCAUGAUUGCAAAUAUUAGUCCAAGCAAUCUCUCGUUUGGUGAAACUCAAAACACGCUGCAUUGGGCAGAUCGAGCCAAGGAAAUUCGAACCAAGGCUUGUGAAGCAAAUGAGGAAUUACUACAGGCACCAGAAUCUGAUGCUGAUCAAGCCAAGUUAUUGCUUGAACUGCAAAAACAGAACCGCGAAUUGCGAGUACAAUUAGCUCGCCAGCAACAAAAACUACUGAUUCUGCAAGCACAAUCCCUUGCAGCAAAUGCCUCUCCAACUCCUUCAUCAGUCUCCUCUCUGUUGACUCCACCAUCAAAUGCCCAUCCAAAUGAGAAAAGGAGAACCAGGCCAUCCUUUUUAGGUGGUGGAAACUGUUUCACACCAGAAUCCAGGAAAAAAGGAGAUGAAACAGCUAAAGAGCUUCUGCGACAUGUCAAGGCAUUAGAGGCAGAGAUUGAGAGAAUGAAGAAAGAUCAUGCACUGCAGGUAAAGCAGAAAGAUGAUCAAAUUCGCGAGCUUUCUCGAAAGAGUGAGAAACCAUCAGGAGUAGCAGUUCCAGAAGCAAAAAGAAUGGUGACUAGGUCUAGCUUGAGACCCAAGGAAUCUAACACUGGUGAAUUGAAGAGUCCAAGUCAUCGUUUUCGAUCACCGGUUCCAACUGCCAAGAAACGAAGCUUUUGGGACAUAGCAACAGCAAACAGCCCAUCACUAGCUGCAGUAAAUGGAAGGAAAAUCAGGAGUCAUGUGAUUCAAGAACCUGCUCCAGCUCCCUCCAUGCUUCUUCAGCUUGCAUAUCCAUGUUUGUGGUUUGUGUUCUGUUUUGGACCACACGUCGUGAAUUACAUGAUUCAGCCAGGUUUUGCUCGUCAAAGACCCUGAUACUGAUGCUGAUUCUGAUACUGAUACUGAUACAUACAGCAAGAAAAUGCAGAUAGGAAAAACCAAAGUUCAAAAGUAUUGGUAGAAGAAGGAGAUCAAACAGGCAUAUAUAAGUGUCCAUCAGGUGUAUUUUAUAUUGUUCCUGACAUAAUCCUUCUGCUGCUUGAGCUAGCGGUGAACGACCUGCAAGAAAACGUUAUGCUAGUCGUCUUGUGAUCGAUCAUUGUUUUCAUGUAGUGAUUUAUUGUUGAUGGUCAACAAAUUCUUACAGAGUAGAUUGUGCUGCUUAUUCUUUGUCAUUUUAAGUCCUGGAAUUGACUCCUUCUGUUCAUCAGUAUAUAUUUUCAGAUACAAGUAUUUACUAUUUAUUCAUGCUUUGGCUAA